CUUGUUUAUUCCCCACAUCCACUCGUAGCGGGAAGAGGAGAGACAGGAGCUCCCCCAACACUCGCUCAGAAGCAGCAGCUCCAGCUUCUCCAGGGGAGCCAAAAAUAUUCGCGCCAAUUGGGAGGCAUGGGCGCCAACGGGCACCCGCCGCCCGCCAGCGCCGCCGCCCAGAACGGGUCCCACUCUAGCGGCGGCGGCGGCGGCGGAGGAGGAGGUGGGGGCGGGGGAGGGGGAGCAAACCCUAGCCCCGGAGGCACGGCGGCGGCGCUCCGGCACGACCCGGGCCUGUCGCGGGAGUGGACGCCGGAGGAGCAGGCCAUCCUCGACGAGCUGCUCGUCAAGUAUGCAUCUGAUGCGCCUGUUAUUCGGUAUGCAAAAAUAGCCAUGAAGUUACCAGAGAAAACAGUUCGAGAUGUGGCUUUGCGGUGUAGAUGGAUGAAUAAAAAAGAGAGUGGUAAAAGAAAGAAAGAGGACCACAGCUCGUCAAAGAAAAGCAAGGACAAAAAGGAGAAGGUUGCAGAUUCUUCAUCGAAACCACCUGUUCAUAUAGCUGGAAGGCCGAGUGUUCCGCCAUACUCCCUUCCAGCACUUCCCAUUGAUGAUGACGAAAUUUCAUCCAAAGCAAUUGGAGGUCCAACAGGAGAACUCCUUGAAACUAAUGCCCAGGUUUUAAGUCAAAUUUCAACAAACCUUGGCACCAUGCAGAUACAGGAUAACAUCUCUCUGCUGUGCCAAACUCGAGAUAACAUACUCAGGGUGUUGAAAGAGAUGAAUGAUGCCCCAGAGAUCAUGAAGCAGAUGCCACCACUACCCGUGAAGAUAAACGAGGAGCUUGUGAACUCCAUACUCCCCAGGCCAACUGUACCUAUGCAGUAGUGAUAGUGAAUGGAAAAUAUGUCUUCCAUAGUCUGAAGAGCCCCUUAGAUAGGCAGCAAAAACAAUAAGAAAAAUGCCAGCCUUGGCCCUAGUUCGUUCGUUUUAGACCCUUCCUCUUGUCAUAUAUGUAUCUGCAGAUGUUGAUCUUCCAACUGUUACUCAAAUCAGGCGGUUGGAACAUGUACAGGGCUACCAGGGGUUGCUUCUACUGCAGUUGUGAGUUUCCAACUCUGGCAUUCUUUGUAGUAGGUGUAUUAGCCUAAUGUGAAUGUGAUGGAAUAUGUGAAUUGGCCUUAGUUUGA